AUGACGUCGAAUGACGAAAAUAAAUUGAUUGAUGAUAAUGAACUAAUGGAUGAUGAAAAGUCAGGUAUUUCAGAAGAAGGAGAUCAACAAUAUUCAGAAAGACCUGGUUUGGCUGGUCCCAUGAACUUGUUGGUUUGCAUUCAGUUCAUUAGAAUUAGUCAUUGCAAGGCAACAAAUAAACCUAACAAUAUUGAUCUUGAUAAUAUAAUAGAAAUUCUUUCAACAAACAAUGCAGAUAUUGAUGAUGAAAUAGAUCGAUUACAAAAAUUAGCUACAGAGUACUUAUUUAAUUUUUAUAUUUGUAUUAUUGAUGAAAAUGAAAAAAGAUUUUACAAUUUGAACGCUACAUCAGUAGAUGAAAAUCAAACAUGGCAUCGUGCUUGUCUCGUAUUCGACAAAUGUAAUCGAAGUUUUUAUGCUUUCCAUGUACGCGAUAAUAACCAUAAAUGUCAAACAAUUUUUCCGACGGAUGAUACACAUAUUUUAAGAUUAUUCGAAGAUACGGUCGAAGUUUAUAAGUGGCCAUAUAACUUUGAUAGAAAAAAAUCAAUAUCUUAUCAGGAUGUAUCGAUGGACGAUACAGAAAAUACUUCAACUCCUCCUCAUAUCAACUACGAUCCAGGUCCGUCUAAAAUUUCAAGAUCAUUUCUAUUAUAG